UUAGUCUUUACUCUUGUUCUUGUUUCUGGUGGUUGCAUUGAAGUGGGGUUAGGUGGGUAGAUUGUACUAGCUCCUCUCUCAUCUCUCUGUCUCUCUCUAUCUUUCUCUCCUCUCCUUUUCCCGGCGCAUGUGGCGGAUUAGCCGGUAACUGCUUCCAUAGCUCAGAUCCUGGAAGUAACACUGUGUCCUAACUCAAGAUUUUCCCUCUGUCAAUGGCUUGGACUCUUGGUCAUGGUUAGCAUUUUCCUAGGCUCUGCGUUUGGAAAAAAUAAAAAAUUUACUGAUUGAAUGGAAGAAACUUGUGAUUUUCGAAGUUGGGAUGAGUUGAUUCCUGAUGCCCUUGGGGUGAUAUUCACCAAUCUCUCUCUCCAAGAAAGAGUGACAGUGAUCCCUAGGGUUUGUAAAUCAUGGGCUAAAGCAGUGACUGAACCUUCUUGCUGGCAAGAGAUAGACAUUAAGGAGUGGAACCGCUUUCAACCUGAGCAACUUGACCAGAUGCUUGAGAUGCUCAUCACAAGAAGUCGUGGAUCGCUCCGCAGUCUCAGUGUUUCUGGUCUCCAAUCUGAGAGGAUGUUCACUUUCAUUGCUGAAAAUGCUGGCUCCCUCCAGACACUGCGGUUGCCAAGGAGCAGCAUGAGUGAUUCAAUUGUAGAUCAGAUUGCUGGAAGGCUUUCCAUGAUUUCUUUCUUGGAUGUGAGCUACUGCAUUAAAAUCGGUGCCUCUGCGCUCGAGACGAUAGGCAAGAACUGCAAACUGCUGGAAGUGUUGUGCCGGAACAUGCAUCCGUUGGACACCGCAGGCAAGCCGUUGCAAGAUGAUGAAGCAUAUGCAAUUGCCUCCACGAUGCCUAAGCUCAAGCACCUUGAAAUGGCUUAUCAUCAAAUCAGCACUUCAGGUGCUCUUCAAAUACUUUCAAGCUGUCCUAAGCUUGAGUUUUUCGAUCAGAGAGGGUGUUGGGGUGUCCAUCUCGACGAUGAUGUGUUUCUGAAGCAGAAUUUUCCAAAGCUGAAGGUUUUAGGGCCUUUUGUUUUUGACGCUCAUGGGAUUGAUGCAUGGGAUGAUGAUUGUUCAGAUGUAUCAGAUGCUUCUGAGUGGGACUUUGUGGAUGGUGGUAUGGGUGAGUACUAUGUUGAUGAUAGUGAUAGUUAUGAUGGGAUGUGGGAUGAAGAAGGAAGGAUAGAUGAGCUUCAGUUUGGGUUUUAUGAAGGGAUAGAAGAUGCAGCAAUGUAUUGGCCUCCAUCUCCAUAAGCUGUGUACUAGUGUUUAAUUGCUGGACUUUCCAACUUUCUGUAACUAAUGAUUGUACUUGACUUUUAUGUGCUGUGUGAAUUAUGUGUUUUUCCUUGGAAAUGAAGAAGUUAAGUUUGUUCAUCA